AUGGUGAACCAUCCGGUUACCGGCUUGCUGGCGGCGACCGUGGCGACGAUCGCUGCGACGAUACCUGCGACGGAUGCAACGACCAGCACCCAGCUCCAGCUGCCACGACUGCUGGGAUCCUAUCCGGUCGGCACCGUCAAUCUCGAGGUGACAGACCACACGCGAACAGCUCCGUCGACUGCGACGAACGCAUCCACCAACAGCACGGAGCCCCGCCGGCUCAUGGUGUCCGUUUUCUACCCGACCACGAACGCCACCGCCAAAAACGGAAACGCGAGCAAGAGCAGCAACAACAGUACGUACCAAAGAGCCCCGUACUUUGCGUCGGCCACGUCCGCGGCCGCCUUUGACACGUACCUGGGGAAUGCCACCACACUCUUGACCAACCUCGCCACGUGGGCGUACGCGGAUGCCCCUCGUGCGGCUGCCAAUGCGUCUGUGCUCCUCUUUAGCCAUGGGCUCGGGUCCUCUCGUCUUCUGCAUGCCGCCUUUCUAGCCGACCUGGCCAGCCGCGGGUGGAUCGUCGUCGCGCCCGACCACCCUUACGAUGCAUGGUACACAGAGUAUCCCGACGGGUCGGUGGCGCGCAUGCCCGACGCGGCCCUCGACGACUUUCCCAACGAGCUCCCCGGGCUCGUCGACACGCGGGUCAAGGAUGUCACGUUCUUGGCGGGCCUCUUACAAAGUGGGAGCCUCUGGCGUGGUCUAUCGACGUCCUCCACCGUCGACAUUGGCAUCCUCGGCCACUCCCUGGGCGGCAACACCGCCGCCCAGACUGUCGCCCGGUCCUCGUCGUCGUCGUCGUCGUUCCCCUGCGGCGCCAAUUUCGACGGCGGCAUCUUUGGGCCCGUCGCCACCACGGGCCUGGACCGGCCCUUCCUCCAGAUCGGCGCCGCCAACCACAACCAGACCACCGACGCCACCUUUUCGCACUUUUGGUCGGUCCUCCACGGAUUUCGCCGCGAGCUCACCGUCAACAGCACCGUCCACCAGUCGUUUAUGGACCUGCCGGUGCUCCGGGACGUCCUAGGUGACGAGUUUCCCGUGGAUCUGCGGAACCAGUCGGGCACGGCACCGGGGGCCCGCUUGCUGCAAAUUGAGACGACCUUGGUCGACGCCUUCUUCCGUUUCUGCCUGACAAAGACGGCGUCGUCUGACGACUUCGACCGGGUCGCUAAGAGCCUAGCACCGGACAUUUGGGCCCGCGAAUUCUGGUGA